UAAUCUAUAUAUUUUUUUAAGGAUGGAGACCGUCACAGGGUAUUUGGGUUAAAUUCUCAAAGUCGAAGUCGAACAUCUGAAGAACCUCAUAUCGGUCGAUAUAGGCUUCUUAAAACCAUAGGCAAAGGCAAUUUUGCAAAAGUAAAACUGGCUAAACAUCUUCCCACAGGAAAAGAGGUGGCCAUUAAAAUAAUUGAUAAAACACAACUGAAUCCAUCCAGUUUGCAAAAGCUUUUCCGGGAAGUUAGGAUUAUGAAGAUUCUAGAUCAUCCAAAUAUUGUUAAAUUGUUUCAAGUAAUCGAAACUGAGAAGACUCUAUAUUUGGUUAUGGAAUAUGCAAGUGGAGGAGAAGUAUUUGAUUAUCUUGUUGCACAUGGCAGAAUGAAAGAAAAGGAAGCCAGAGCUAAAUUUAGACAGAUUGUAUCUGCUGUGCAAUAUUGUCAUCAAAAGAGAAUAAUCCAUAGGGAUCUAAAGGCCGAAAAUCUGUUGUUAGAUGGCGAAAUGAAUAUAAAAAUAGCAGAUUUUGGAUUUAGUAAUGAAUUUGUUCCUGGACAAAAAUUAGACACCUUUUGUGGUAGUCCUCCAUAUGCUGCUCCUGAGCUAUUUCAAGGCAAAAAGUAUGACGGUCCUGAAGUUGACGUUUGGAGUUUGGGUGUUAUUCUUUACACACUUGUUAGUGGUUCUCUGCCGUUUGAUGGAGCAAACCUCAAGGAACUUCGUGAACGUGUUCUUCGUGGAAAGUAUAGGAUACCCUUCUACAUGUCGACAGAUUGUGAGAAUCUCCUUAAAAAAUUUUUAGUUUUAAAUCCAAGCAAAAGAGCAUCUUUAGAGGCUAUAAUGAAAGAUAAAUGGAUGAAUGUAGGGUAUGAGGAUGAAGAGCUGAAACCUUACAUAGAACCAGAAACUGACUUUAGUGACACUAGAAGAAUGGGUAAGCAAGAAAUUCUCUUAGGUAUGGGCUAUACGCAAGACGAGAUAAAUGACUCACUGAGGAGCAAGAAAUAUGACGAUAUAAUGGCAAAUUAUUUGCUUCUCGGCAAAAGGACUACUGAGAAUGACAGUUGCGAUUCUCAAUCCAGUUCUAGUUUAUCACUGCGCACAUUAAAGGCCCCUACGGAAACUUCUGGUAAUAGUCAGUCCCCACCACACAUUAAAGUUCAACGUAGUGUUUCAGCUAGCAGCAAACCCCGACGAUUCAGUCAUACCAAUCAAACGCCUGUGACGAAUGGCCCUCCUCCUCCGUCCUUUAAGAGGCAAAAUACUCUUGAAGCAGGUGCUGUUAGAGAUAAUCCUCCAGUGUCUACAUCACUAGGCUCUCCCACAAUAUCUACUAAUCCUAGACCCUCAAAAACUAAUCAGUUAUCUCAAGAAAAUUCAAGUUCUGUUCCAUCUGGGGCUAGCAGUCCUUCCAAAGUAAUUGCAUCAACUACUCGAAAAACUGCUCACACUCCAUCAGCUAGUGCAAAAUCUAACUAUAGUGGCAUUCCCAGGAGAAAUACUUAUAAUUAUAGUGAGAAUAAAACACUUUCAUCCUCCGAUAAAUCUGGUAGCCAAGAAACUUCAAACAGUAACAUCCCACUACUUGGCGAUCGAACUCCUGUACCUAGGCCUAAAGGACAUACUAAGUCGGCCUCUGUCUCUUGUACAGGUCGACAGGAGCUUUCGUCUUUUGACUCAUCAGAUCCUCUCAGACCAAGCACUGCGGCUAUUGCAAAACAGCCUGCAGCACUGUCUCCAUUGCCAGCUGUCAGCAGAGCAUUUCCCAGAGGCACUGCUAACAGAAGCACGUUUCACAGUGGGCAGACACGUGAGAGACGUCUUCUCAAUACCUGCAAUGGGCCACAGGGCAUGGUUCCUCUCAAUUCCCAAGACAUGUCUUCUAUGAAUCACUCGGGGAGACAAUCCUUCUUUAGCAAGCUCUCUUUCAAAUUUAGUAAAAGGCAAAUGAAUGAUGACCAGGUAAAGCCAAGAUCUCUGAGGUUUACUUGGAGUAUGAAGACGACAUCAUCGCGAGAUCCAAACGAGAUCAUGCAAGAAAUACGCAAAGUAUUAGACAAAAAUAACUGUGAUUAUGAACAGCGAGAAAAAUUCUUACUAUUAUGUGUUCACGGAGACCCAAACACAGACUCUUUAGUUCAGUGGGAAAUCGAAGUGUGUAAGCUUCCCCGCUUGUCACUGAAUGGUGUGCGUUUCAAACGUAUAUCCGGUACGUCAAUAGGCUUCAAAAACAUCGCUUCUAAAAUAGCCAAUGACCUCAAACUGUAAAAGUGGUUGAACAAAUGUUAUUCUCAUUUAUAGCUCGGUAAAUCCAGUGUUGGAGAGGAUUCGCUGGCAAAAAAGGGUGCAUUGUAUAAAUCAGUUGUCGCGAUCUUAUGCUCUUGUUUGUGCUGCCUAUUCUAAUGGAAGUUCUAGGUGCCCACAAUUCAUAAUGCUUGAUAGCAAAAUAUACACACUGUUUUGUGGUUAUUAUGUUUCAGGGGUAGAGUAUUUACAGUACAUGACUUGUGACUUCCAACUUAUGUACAGUUUUCUCAUUUAGUUAUUAAAUUCAAAUUAAUCCUGGCACACAAUAGAAAUUUAUGUAAUCUAUGUUUGUCAGUCCUGUCAUUGAGGUUUGAUAGAUGACUGGUCUAUCACUGUAUAUAGACUUAGCACUUGGUAUGUAGAAUUGUUUAAGAAAAUGCUGUCAUCUUAAUUUUGAAUCCCAUUUUUUUUUUAUAUAUAUAUAUUGCCUCUGGAGAGUUGAGGUUGAACGAGUGUACUUGACUGUAAAAAUUGUAAAUUGUGGAAACAAAUGGUAAUUUGGAGAAAUUUAUAUAUAAAUAUAUAUAUAUACAUAUAUAUAAUAGAAAAUCCCUUUACGAUACUGGUACUUCUAUGUAACUAUCCUUUUGCUUUGUUGUAAAUUUUCCUCUAAUUUUAGAUUAAUAUAAGAUUUUAUCAACUUUCUUUGAUCUUUCUUUGUGUGUUGAACAUAUAAGAUUUUAUCAAUUUGCACAUCUGUAUAUCUGGCACAUAUCACACCUUAACAAAAAGUAUUGGUUAUCCCAAAAUGGCAGAUUUGUAAAAUUAAUUUAAGAUAACACAGAAGGACUGAAGAGGUGCAAAGUUUACUUCAUUCUGCUUAGGAAAAAGUUUAAAUUUUUAAAAUUAGUUGCAGAGUAUAAAUAGAAUAGACAAACUGUGAAACAUUGUUUUUGUUAUCGGCUGUUACAAGUGAAAUAUUUGCACUGGCACAUCUGUCAAUUUUUAUACUUUGAUUUCUUAACAUUGUAGCAGUGAUGGUUGGCUAUUUUAAAAAAUAUUGUUUUUCUCAGCUAGCAGCACCAUUUGUUGAUGAACUAAUUUUAAAAAUCAAAGGGAUUAUAGAUUUGUUUCCUAAGCAGAAUGCAGCAAUUUAUGCAUUUCUCUCUGCUUCUAUUUUUUCUCAAUCUGAUUUUUCAAAUAGUUUGUUGAAAGCCUGAUAACUGCUUUCAUUUCCUUUUUCACAAUUGCCAGGUGUGAUUUGUAAAUUUUUAAAGAACAAAUCUAAUGAAAAAAAAUUCUUGCGGUAUUUAUAGCUUUCCAUUCUUAAAGAAAAACUAAUACUUUGUUUUUGUUUGCUUUUAACUUGUGUUCUGACCUUUGUAUUUAUAAUUUAAAAGUAUGGACUUGUGAAAUCUCAUAUUUUAUAAACAAUGCCCUUGUAGGUAUAGUUUUUUUUUUUUCCUUGACUUGCUGAACUUAGAUAUUUUGCAAAACUAAACAAAAAUAUUUCAGUUUGUGUAAAUAUAUUUUUUUAAAAAGAACAAGGAAAAUCAAUUCCCUGUGCAGAUUUUUGACUGCAAUGUAUUAUUAUGUAAAUCUUUUUGUGACAAAAAAAAAGUGUUAUGCUAGAAAUUGAAGGAUCUGUUUUCAUGCGCACGAUUUCUAGCAUGCAAGUCCUAUUGUGAAAAAUUCAAGUCUUAAUAAACGUUGAUUUGUAGUAUAUUUAUAUUAAUAACAGCAAUACAAAAGAUCUUGGGAGACUACAAAGGGCUUGUUUCCCUUAGUUAAAGUAUCUCUAAAAAAUCUCAUAAAUUGGUUGAUCUUACUCAACAUCUUCCUUUCCUACUUUCCGUGCAGCUGCGAAUGUGUUUUGAUCGUCCAUGUGAUAGUACCUGUAUCAUAUUAUUUAAAAUAAUAAAUUAUAAAAUAAUGAUUUUGCUAAGUAAA